GUUUAAGUAAAUGAUGAACCUAGGGUAUAUAAAGGUGUGUAAAAAGGACAUUUGAGGAAAAACAGACGCAAAGGCAGCAGUUUAGUAUGAGGGUUCAAAAGACCGUGCCGAAGUUUCGCACAAAGUAUAGACAGUGACGAUCUUUGUUUUUGUCAAUUGCUAGAAUUUCUCGCAUGCCACCCGUAAAAGGUAGAUACGGCAACCCUGCUGGUUCCAAGCGUACCAACCCCACCUAGGUCAACAAAAAUGUCAAAGUUACCCUAACCUAAUUUUAAGAAGUAAAUAAAAUAAUGAUAUAUAAAUAAUUACUAUAUAUACUUAAAAAGUAAACCUAGAAUACAAUUAUACUCAAACCGCUUCAAUGAAUAUGUACUCGGCAAUGUUUUGCCACAGCAUUUUUGCGUCAGACGACCCUAAUAACGUACCAGAAAUAAAGAGGGAGGACAUGAGGACAGACCUACAAGAAGAUCCUUAUCCCUAUACUCCCAAUCACAUACCCAAUGAAACCUACAAUGUUCCUUUAAAGGAAAAGCCUGUAGCAGAGGAGCCCCGAACUGAACCAAAGACAGCUAAGCAACAAAAAUGUAAUAUAUGCGGUAAAAUAUUAUCGUCAGCCUCAAGUUAUUAUGUACACUUAAAGCAGCAUUCUAAUAAUAAACCUUAUCAGUGCAAUCAUUGUGAGGCAUCCUUUUGCAGAAAACCAUAUCUAGAAGUGCACAUGCGAACGCAUACUGGCGAGCGACCUUUCGAAUGCGAAAUUUGCAAGAAACGCUUUACGCAAAAAUCAAGUUUGAACACGCACAAGCGCAGCCAUACGGGCCUCAGGCCAUACGCGUGUCCUGUUUGCCUGAAGCGGUUCUCAGUCAAGUCAUACCUGAACGCCCACCAGUGGAUCCAUGCCGCGGAUAACGGUAUCAGAUGCGCCACCUGCCAUAUGGCUUUCAACAAUAAGAGCCAAUACCUAGAGCACCUCAGGGUCGCAUAGCACCAAGGGGUAUGACUGCGAGUAUUGUUCACGGGCAUUUUCAAAGGAAUCUUACCUAAUCAGGCAUCGGAUACGGGUGCACAGCAAAGUGGUUCAAAACCAGCCGAAGUAAUGCUGCUACAGGAUGGUCUGAGUUGAGAAAGAGAAUAUGACCCGAACUAUUCCUACUUUUAAGUAUAACUCAAAAGUGUAUUUGUUGUAGUAAUACUAGUAAUUGAAAAGAAACUAUUACGUACAUACAAAGGAAUACAAAAAAUUCUUUGUUUUCUUGUUAGUGGAUGAAAAUUAUUUUGUUCUCGAGGCAUAUUCUCCUUCUUGGCCUGGAUAGAGUGAUCUAUUUAUUGUGUCAUAUUUUUUGUUUUGUUGGAUAUAGCAAUAACAUUUUUAGUUUAUUGCUGCUUUGUUUAUAUAACCUUUUUAUAUUGAUUUAUGUGAGACAUAAUAUGUAACUGUAAUCCUAUGUAUUUUUUUAGAACAGAAUGUACGUUCUGUAUGAAUAGAUAUAUCCAUGAGGAUCUGUUCAUAUAAAUUCUUCCCGAAAAAAAUAUUUCCUUUGGUAGUGUGUAAAAAAUGAAACAUCUUCAACAACUCAUUUAUUU